AAUGCCAUCUUAAAAUUGUGCAUUCACGACAUCCACCUCAUUUGACCAGUCAAUAAACUAUGGAGUUCUAACUUCUUUGUAACUGGGAAAAUAUUCCCACGGAAAAUAUAUUUUUUUAUUAAUUAAAAAUAUUUCACUUUCUGCUGUUUUCUUCCCCCACAUCUGAUUCGCACCUAGCAUCUCUCUUUCCUCCAAACUUCACCACUUUUCUCUCUUGAGUCUUGACAGGGACCCCAUUUCUUCAUUUACCAAAGAGAAAAAUUAAAAAGAAAGUCGAUUCAUAUCUGAUUUUUCUUUCUCUUUUGUUCGUGUUCCUGAACCCUUUGAAACCUUGAACUCAAAGCCAGGCUUAAAAUCAUUUCUUCGUGUUAUAAAUUCUUUUUUUUUUCUUUCUAAAACCCCUCCAAAUCUUGUACUCUUGAAUUUAAAUAAACAUUCCCAUCUGGAUUUUCUUCCUUUUUCCCUCCCUUUUAGUCUCCUCAAAUAUUCUAGUUUUUCGAAUACGAAAAAAAGAGGGGGUAGAAACUAAAGAAAAAGAGGCAAAAAUGAGAAAAUGGAGUUUGUGGGCAAAUCCGUGAAGAAAGAGUUCAAAGGAUUUGGUCUUCACUCGGGCACUGUUAAUUCCUUUGAUUCCUCAUCUGGGUUUUUUGAGAUCGUUUACGAGGACGGCGAUUCGGAGGAACUCGAUUUUCAUCAAGUUGCUUCUCUUGUCAUGGCUGACGGUUCUAACUCAAUCCUCGAGCCGAGAUCCGACCCUGAGUUAGAGGUUCUCCGUGAGAAGCCGAGGGUUGGAAGGCCCAGGAAACGACGCCGUGUUGAGAGGAAAGCUCGUGUUUGUCCAGGUAAUGCAAAGCAAGAAACCCUAGCGAGUAAUGCAAAUGUGAAUUUGGAUACAAAUGCUGAUUUAAAUGAAGGGUUUUCUGGGAAUUUGAAGGGAAAUAAGAGUGUUGAUGGGAAUUUGAGUGGAACUUUAGAUGAGAAGGGAAUUGGGUCUCUCAUGGAUUUGAAUUUAAACAGUAACGGGGAUAUUGAAAUGAAAAUUGGGUUUGACUUGAAUUCUUCUGGUUUUGAUUUGAAUCUUAAUGAUACCUGUUGUAGUAACAAUUAUCUAAAUGAUAAUAGAAAUUCUUGUUCUGAGGGAGAGAAUGUGAAGAAGAGGGGGUGUAUUGAUUUGAAUUUGGAUGCGAGUUGCGAUGUGGAUGAUAGUAUCAAUCUUAAUUGCAAAACCCAAGGGAAGGAAUGCAGUUUUGAUUUGAAUUUAGGGGCUGAUGAGGAGAUUGACAAAGAUGCUAUUGAUGGUAACUGUGUAUGGCAAGUGGAAGUGAGAGAAUCUGCCACUUGUGCUGACAUACUUAAAGAAACUCUGAUAAUAGAGCGAAAUGAUGCAGCGGAGGAUGUUUCUAGAAAUGAAUUGAACAAUCAUUCAGGCUUAGGGUCUGUUGAAGGAAUCCUUGAGAAGGGUGCCAUUGUUCAUCAGAAUGUUAUCAAGGCUGAUGAUUGUGGUGGAGUUGGAUUAGAGGGUGUCCCUGAGUCUGGUACUGCAGUAACUGAUGGGUGCCAAGUUGAUAUUGGAAGUUCAUUCAAACAAGCUAGUGGUCGAAGAAAGAGAAUAAAGCUUGUGAAUGGCUUGGAUUCUUCAACAGAAAGGGUGUUAAGAAGAAGUGCUCGUAGAGUGUCUUCUAGAAAUCAUGUUUCAAGCACACCACCACCUGCAACAACAUGUGAUGUUGCCGGUUUGGCAACAUCCCCUUCGGUUAGUGCAGUAACAGAGGAGAAGCCGGUUAGGUUAAGUCGUAAAGUGUCUGAAGAGCCUGUUGUCCUUCCUCCAAAACUUCAACUGCCACCAUCUUCUGAGAAUUUGAAUUUGGAUGGAAUUUCUGUACUUGAUAUUUUUUCUAUUUAUGCUUGUUUGAGGUCAUUUAGUACUUUAUUAUUUUUAAGUCCCUUUGAGUUGGAGGAUUUUGUGACUGCACUGAAGUGCCAGUCUCCCAGCUCAUUAUUUGAUUGUAUUCAUGUUUCCAUUUUGCAAACUCUGAAAAAGCAUUUGGUGUACCUAUCCAGUGAAGGUUCUGAGUCUGCUUCUGAAUGUUUAAGGAGUCUAAAUUGGGGUUUCUUGGACUCUAUUACAUGGCCCAUUUUCAUGGUUGAGUAUCUGCUCAUUCAUGGUUCGUGGUUGGAUUAUGGUUUUGAUCUUACUAGUUUGAAACUAUUCAGAUGUGACUAUUAUAAACAGCCUGCAUCUGUUAAGGUUGAGAUACUCAGGUGUUUGUGUGAUGAUAUGAUUGAGGUGGAAGCUGUAAGAUCUGAGCUUAAUAGAAGGUCUUUGGCAUCUGAGACUGACAUGGAUUUUGAUCGAAAUAGGAACAAUGGGGUUUGCAAGAAGAGAAAAGCUACGAAGGACCUGUCAGGUGGAUCUAGCUUUAUUGAGGAGAUAGUUGAUGACACUACUGACUGGAAUAGCGAUGAUUGCUGCCUUUGUAAGAUGGAUGGGAAUUUAAUAUGUUGUGAUGGCUGUCCUGCUGCUUACCAUUCUAAGUGUGUAGGUGUUGUGAAUGCUCAUUUGCCAGAAGGUGACUGGUACUGCCCUGAAUGUGCAAUAGAAAGAGAGAAGCCUUGGGUGAAACCUCGUAAAUCACUUAGAGGAGCAGAGCUUUUGGGCAUUGAUCCUCAUGGUCGGUUAUAUUAUAACAGCUCUGGUUACUUGUUAGUAUUAGAUUCAUUUGAUGCUGAAUGCCCAUCGAAUUACUACCAUAGAGAUGACCUCAUCUUUGUACUUGAUGUGCUAAAAUCUUCAUUCCAGUAUGGUGAUAUAAUAGAAGCAAUUUGCAAGCAGUGGGAUGUAGCCCUAGGCUCAAAUGGUGCUAGUAAUAACUUUGAUUCUCUGAAUUCUGCUUGUUCAGGGACACAUAGAAUGGUGAAAAUUCCUACUGUUAGCUCAUCCCUGCCACUUGUGUCUUCUGCAGAAAUAUGUGUGGUAAGGAACGAGACUGCUGAUGGCGGAAAACCUGAAGAGAAGGAAGUUGCUGAAAUUUCCGGUCAUCGUGAUAUUGAGGUUGCAGAGUCCACUAACAUGUUGGAUUUGGUGACUGGAACAGAAAUCCCAUAUAUGAGUUCUGAAGGGUCAGCUGAGACAAUGCAAAUGGGUUCGGUCUUUCUUAACUUUCAGAAACAGGGAUCUGUUGAGGUUUCAAACCAAUCUGAGAUUCCAGGAAAGUUCUCAACUCUUGAAGACAGUUCUUUAAUAUCCAAUGAUUUAGAUGCUAGGCAAGAAAGCAAGACAAAGUUCGCAUCUCAACAAACUCCAUGUGUUCUAAAUGUAAAAAGACGUGAUGCUUCACAAUUGCAGCCUGGGACUGGCUACGUAAACCACUAUAGUUUUGCCCAAACUGCCUCAUUAGUUGUAGAAGAGUUAUUGCGUAAGCCAUCAGAAAAGACAAAUGAUGAUUCCCUCAAAUCGCUGGAGGAGAUAAUUGGAAAUCAGAUGAAGGUUAUUUUGAAGAAAUCUAACAGGUUUCGUUGGCCAGAUAUUUAUAACCUAUACGUAGAUGCUCGCAAAGAAAAUUGUGGAUGGUGCUUCUCCUGCAGAUAUCCUGUGGAUGAUACAGACUGCUUGUUUAGAAUUACUUCGGGUUGUGUUCCGGAAGUUUCAAAAAGUGAGAUGUUGGACCUUCAGUUAAGAUGGAAUAAAAAGGGCCAUGUUAUAGAUGUCAUAUAUCAUAUAUUUUCCAUCGAAAACCGCUUGAGUGGACUUCUGUCAGGUCCAUGGCUGAAUCCGCAAUACAUGAAGAUCUGGCAUAAAAGCAUUCUCAACGCAUCUGGUAUUGCAUCUGUUAAGCAUUUAUUGCUAACGUUAGAGGCAAAUCUGCAUCAUCUUGCUCUUUCAACUGACUGGAUGAAACAUGUGGAUUCUGCUGUCAUUAUGGGUUCAGCUUCUCAUGUUGUGAUUGCUUCAAGUCGUGGAUCUGCAAAGCAUGGUAUUGCAAGAAAAAGGGGCAGCUGCAAUGAUAGCGAGAGUAACCCUACUUCUAAUCCUUCUGUAGGGGCAAGUAUUUGUUGGUGGAGAGGUGGUAGGGUUUCUCGUCAGUUGUUCAAUUGGAAGGUUUUACCCUGCUCUUUGGUUUCUAAGGCUGCUAGGCAAGGUGGAGGCAAAAAGAUACCUGGCAUACUCUAUCCCGAGAGUUCAGAUUUUGCAAAGAGAAGCAGAUCUAUUGCAUGGCGAGCUGCUGUUGAGUCAUCAACUAGUAUAGAACAACUCGCUUUCCAGGUAAGAGAACUUGAUUCAAACAUUAGGUGGGAUGACGCUGAAAACACACAUCCUCUUCCUACCUUACCUAAGGACUUUAAGAAAUCAAUUAGACUAUUCAAGAAAUGUGUUGUGCGCCGAAAAUCCAUAGAGACAGAUGUGGUGAAGUAUCUUCUUGAUUUUGGGAAGAGGAGAAUCAUCCCUGAAAUUGUCAAAAGAUAUGGGACUGUUGUUGAAGAAUCUUCAAGUGAAAGAAAGAAAUACUGGUUGAAUGAAUCUUAUGUGCCUUUGCAUCUUGUGAAAAGUUUUGAAGAGAGGAGAAUUGCCCGGAAUUCUAAUAAGAUGGUUUCUGAUAAAACUUCUGAGAUCAGUAGGAUGGCAAAGGAGUCAUCAAAGAAAAAGGGGUUCUCCUAUCUAUUCUCUAAAGCUGAAAGGACCGAGUAUUAUCAGUGUGGGCACUGUAACAAAGAUGUCCUCAUCAGGGAAGCUAUCUGCUGUCAGUAUUGUAAGGGGUUUUUUCAUAAGAGGCAUGUUAGAAAAUCUGCUGGAGCUAUCAUUGCUAAGUGCGCGUAUACAUGUCAUCGCUGCUUAGGUGGCAAGUCGAAUGUCAAUGUUAUAAAAGGGGGAAAUAUCAUGAAAUGGAAGGGUGACGCAAAGGGGCAGAGGACGAUCACAAAAAGAGCAAGGAAACUGCCACAAAAAUGUAAUAGGGCCAAUGAAAAAUCACUGGCAGUUCGAAUGUCACUGCGUUCACGGAAGGAUAAAAAGGGUGCUGCUGCUGUGCCACUGCGCCGAUCACCUAGGAAAAUAAAAUACAUUUCUUUGCAAAAGAAAAAGCCUGGUAGGUGCAAGAAAGGCAAAAAGAAGUCAAAGAAGAAAGCAACUAAGAAGAUAAAGGAAAUUACUUGGCAGAGGAAGAGGACAAGGGCUUACCAUAGUUUCUGGCUUAAUGGUCUUCGGUUGUCUAGUAAGCCAAAUGAUGAGCGGGUGAUGCAAUUUCAAAGAAAAAUGGUUUUUGAUCCUUCCGAGCAUAAGAUUGUCUCCCCUGAUCCACCCAGAUGUAUUCUUUGUUGUGAAUCAGGAUAUGCAUCUAAUUCAAGCUAUAUUGCAUGUGAAAUUUGUGGAGAAUGGUUUCAUGGAGAUGCUUAUGGGCUUAAUUCAGGGAACAAAAGCAAGAUUAUUGGAUUUAGGUGUCAUGUCUGCCGUAAGACGAUCCCUCCUGUCUGUCCGAAUAUGGUGGCCACAAGAGUUGAUGAAAUCUCUAUUGGCUGAGUUGCAAAAUGGUGUUAGUACUUGGGACUGAAUCUUCUGAAGAACAUGGCGCUCUCUCCGUAUGUCAUGUUAAUUAAAAAACAGUCUCCCAAGUGAAACUCGUUAAGGUUCAUUGGCAAACGGGUGCUUGCAUAAGGAGUAAUUAUUUACCAAUUUGGUUACAAGUCAGAGUCCCAUCUUGGAUUAUAAAUUGGGACUACUUGAUGAGAAUCAGAGUAUAGAUGCAUGACAAAUUUUAACAUUGAUUUGAAACCAUAUACACUAACAUUAACAUCUGAUGAGAAAGUUAGGUUUGCAAGAUAGUAGAACCAAUACAGGACAUGAUGCUCCUGCAGUUGUGGCCGAUGAGGCAAAGUGGCAUUCCCGUGAUGUUCUGCAGUAUUCGAUUGAAGGAUACCUUAGAUCAUGACAGCUACCUGGAUGUUCUGGAGUUCGCAAAACCAGUGGAAAGUCAGGUUGCAGAUGGAGCUUCUCCUGAGUUUCAUCCAGAUAAGUUAGCAUAUCUGUUGAAUUGUUAGAUGAUAGGGCAAAAACAACUUAGGGUAGGUUAACAGUCUAACAUUUAAUUGGUGUAACAAGACGUGGAUUAAGUGGUAGGGCCUUGGAUUUGUUUGUAGGACGAGAGUUACAUGUAAAUUUUCUGAUGUAGAAAUCAUGGAAUAUUUUUAAACGGCACAUAGGAAUGAUUCAUUUCUAAAUAGAAAAGUGAAAGUUUAUGUGA